AUGACAACUGGAAGGAUAGGUUGUUCUUUCAUGCAAGGUAAAGGCUGUAAACGUUUUAAAACAGUGGACAACCAACAGGAUCUAAUGCAACGCAAAUUUUCUGAAACUAUCAGGCAUGGACUGCCCGUGGAUCCUAUUUCUUUCUCGGAAUUGCCUGACAUUUACGAGAAACUCAGCGAAGACCAUCUUGUUGUGGUAUGUGGUACAAGAAAUAGUUCAUACCUCCAAGCCGCAUUGACAGCAAUUGAAGGGAUGGGAUAUGCGAAAGACAGAUGUUUCGAGUUAAACGAGGCAUCAGACUGGUGGCGUGUUACAUUUGAAGAAGCUGAUUGUAUAGUCGUGGUAAAUCCUUUCGGAAAGGUGUUUUUUGACAAGCACAAAGCAUCAGCGAUGUCAGAUGUGUUUAACAGCAUGCUUAGUGCGACAAGAGAUGAACAAGUCCAGGGAUUUAAAUUCCACGAUAUUGUUAUCAUAACAGAAAAGGCGUUGUUAUACGACUGUAAAGAGUACUUCCCCCAUGAUCUAUUGGAGGCGGAGAUUACAAUACCGGAAAGUGAAAUCAUUGAAGGAACUUCAAAGCCUGCCUUAGAUGAUGUAUCUAUCGACGACACUUACACAGAUGAUACUGCUGCAAACAAGGAAUUGAGAUACAUAAGAGAGCUGAAUAUAUCAAAUCCUGAAGAAGCAAAUGCUGAUAUUGGCCACAUUUGUACGAUACCACCCGACAAGCUUGCUUUGACUGAUAAAAACAAUAACUGCCUUAAAUUGAUAGACAUCAGAAACGGAAGAAUUACAGCAUGCAUUCAGCUAUCUUCUAUUCCAGGGUCUCUUGCAGUUUUACCGCAAGACAAUCUUGCCGUUGGUCUCCCCGAUGAUUGUCUAAUACAGUUAUUUUCAAUAAAUCCCGAACUUAAAAAAGGACGAAGUAUAAGAGUAAACGAUGCGUGUUGCAGUAUAACAUAUGUAAAUGACAUGCUUUUUGCUUUCUUCUAUACCCGCCAUAUAGAAGCAUAUAAUCUCAAAGGCGAAAUUCUAGAAACUUUAACAUUAGAUCCGGAAAUACAUGAUUUGUGUUCUUACUGUUUUAACGUAUCGGUAUGCCCCAACAAGACUUCGUUUUAUAUCAGUGACAUGGAGAAGUAUUUACUUUUUCGAAUCAAUUUGAAGGGAAAAGUGAUAGCGAUGUACAAAUACAACGAUUUGUUUGAACCAGAACAAAUACUCGCUACAUCAGAUGGUUCAUUACUGGUGUGUAACUCAGCCAAAAACACUGUGCUACAUAUGAAGGCCGAUUUAACUCGGCCACGUGUGAUUUUAGGGCGCUCUGAUAACGUAAUCAAUCCGAAAGCCAUUUGCUACUGGCAAGAAGAAAACAUUAUCAUCAUUUCCUGUAGUUCAAAAAGCCCAGACAAUCAUGAUACACUAAAAUGCUUUCAAUAAUUGAUAUGAAUCAAAAUGAAUAGCAUCUGAUAUAUCAUAUACUAAUUGAUAUACUUCAAAGUCGGUAUGGUGUCUGUGAUUAAGCGUUACUUGAGGUUGACUUCUACUUAAGAUUACGCUGCUGUCGGGUGAUUAUAAAUUAAGCAUGAGCAUCGCCACUUUUGUAACAAAUUGAAUGUAAUUUUCUUUACAGCAGCUGUUCGGGUCCUUGGCAGUGUCUUAUACAGGAACAUUAUUUGAUGUUGUAAUCUAUCUCUUAUCUAUGUGUUUGUGUAUGAUCGUUUUGUGAAUAAAAUUUUCAAGCCGACAUAAGUCAACAAAGAAUAACCUGCGAGUAAAGACCUUGAGUAAUAUGCAACUUGAUGAAUGAAAACAAACGUAAAACAAACGCUUCAAAAACUGAGUUAAUUUUGUAUUUCGCAAAAAGAGCACAGGUAAAUAAUACCAGUACUUGA